UGAGAGUGAGUGUGGCGGUGGCGUGUUGUCAGUGUCAGUCAGUGAGUCAGUCAGUCAAGCACAGUCAAGCAAGAUGCGUCUAGGAGCAACCAUUCCCGAUUUCAGCGCAGACUCCACUCACGGCCCUAUCCAAUUCUAUGAUUGGCAAGGCGAUUCAUGGGUGGUGUUGUUUUCCCACCCUGCAGACUUCACACCCGUGUGUACCACGGAACUUGGCCGCAUAGCUGUGCAUCAUCCACACUUCGUCAAGCGAAACACCAAACUGCUAGCUCUAUCUUGUGACAAACUACAGGACCACAAGGAUUGGGUCAAUGACAUCAAGUCAUACUGCCUGGACAUUCCCGGGGAGUUUCCCUAUGCCAUCGUCAGUGAUGAGAAGAGAGAGCUGGCCGUCCAGUUGGAUAUGCUGGACGAAGAAGACAAGGACAACCCUGACACGGCUAUGACUGUCCGAGCUUUGUACAUCAUCAGUCCUGAUCACAAGCUGCGACUGGCUAUGACCUACCCAACCUCCACAGGCAGAAAUGUUGAUGAGAUCCUAAGAGUUAUCGAUUCCCUCCAGCUCUGCGACAAACUCAAAGUCAUUGCUACUCCGGCCAAUUGGACGCCGGGAGAGAAGGUGAUGAUCCUACCGGAUGUCAAGGAUGAAGACAUUCCCAAGCUGUUUCCCAAGGGAGUGGACAGAGUGAACAUGCCAUCAGGCAAAGUCUACGUUCGCACAACCACCAACUACUGAUGUCACCGGAAUCAUUUAUGACCAUAAACACAUAUAUUUAUCAUACUGUGAGAUAAUUGUUACACAUUAAAAGGCAGUACUCAUUAA